GGUGAAUCUGCAGAGUUUGCUGCCACACUGUUUGAGAAAGGUGUUUAGGAAAUUUCUACUCCAUCAUGGCAGAGGGAAAUCAUAGCAUUGUGACUGAAUUCAUCCUUACUGGAUUCCCUGGACUUCAUCCAGAGUACCAAGGCCUUGCCUCAGCUGUAUUGUUCUUAGUUUAUUUCUUAACUUUGACAGGCAAUGCUACAGUUCUUUUAUUUGCAACCAAUCGCAGCCUUCAUAAGCCAAUGUAUUAUAUAAUUCUAAAUCUGAGUGCAUGUGACAUUCUCUUUAGCACAACCACCUUACCUAAGAUCAUUGGUAAGUAUUGGUUUCAAUCAGGGACCAUUUCAUUCACUGCUUGCUUUGUCCAAAUGUACUUUGUUCACUAUCUUGGCACAGUGAAUUCCUAUAUUCUUUUCCUAAUGGCUUUAGAUAGGUAUUUGGCUAUCUGCCAUCCUCUCAGAUAUCCACUUAUUCUUAAAAACUCCACCAUCCACAUUCUCAGUAUUAGUGCAUGGGUUAUUGCUAAGGCUGGCCCUUUAAUGUUAGUUAUAAGGGCAUACCCUCUUCCUUACUGUGCCUCAAACAAAAUCGACCACUGCUAUUGUGAUCAUAUUGGUAUAACAAUGCUGGCAUGCACUGACAGGGCCCCUUAUGGUUUUCCUGCUUUUGUGUUUGCAAUGGUUACGCUACUGGUACCUCUAGCAUUUAUAAUCUUCUCAUAUUGCUCUAUAAUUAUAACAGUGCUUAAGAUAGCAAAUGUACAAGGUCGCCUAAAAUCUCUGUCCACUUGUAGUACUCAGUUGAUUAUAAUAUCUCUCUAUUAUUUACCCAGAUGUUUUGUAUAUUUAGCCAGCAAUGUUGGCAUUAAUUUUAAUGCUGAUGUGCGAAUAGUAAUUAUCAUGUUGUAUAGCCUUUGCCCCCCCAUGAUUAAUCCACUUAUAUACUGCUUAAGAGCUAAAGACAUGAGAGAAAGCUUGUGGAAGCAAUUCAACAGAAGGAACGUUCCACAAAAAGCACAAGUUUCAGCUAUUAGUAACUGAUAAACCAAUGCAUUAUUCAAUGUUUUUCCUUUCUUCUUAUCAGCCAUCUCUCUUUGUGAGGACUGGAAAGUUUCAUAAAAGGUACUGAUUGGGGACAAAUGGAAAGCCAAAGCUAUCACAAUGUUAACCAUAUUAUUUUAAUUUAAAGGAAGUCCAUUCUUAGAGGGAGGUAAAAGGUUUAAAACAAAUAAUGCCAUUUAUGUCAUUAUUACAAAAAUGUUCAGUGAUUUCUGUUGCAGGGUACAGAGGAAAACAGCCUAAAAUGGUUUUGCAAAUGUUUUCUGGCCUGUGACCCCAUUGUUAGGUUUAUCGCUCUUAUUGACCCCAGCAAUUACUGUAGAGACCUGUCAUGUUGUAAUGUGAAUUGGAUUGUGUCAUGUAUUUUACUGUCAGAGUACAAAGUGAGCUCAAAAUGGAUUAUAGAGAAUGAAGGUAUAUUUCAAUCCACUAUGUUGUAUUUUUAUUACUAAAUUAAUUAAAUAAAAUAUAUAUAUAUCAAUUAUUAAUAAAUUGUAUCAGUCUUUUAAAUCUCCUUGGACCUGAACUGUUUAUCAAGCAUCCCCUAAGAUUGUUAAAUUCUGACCUACACUUUAUCUUAAGUCCGACAAUGUCUCACACAGGUUUCCAGUUUAUGCAGUUGUUGCCAGGUCAAAAACAACUGCCUGGAAGUGGGAGUGUAGUCAAAAUCACACAGUGCCAAAUCCAAAAUGAUCCUUGCCUGCUCCUUCUUAACAGAAUAAUUUACCUUGUCUUUUGACCUCCAGCAGAGAAAUUAGGUUUUCUCCACGACAAAACCCACUAGUACAAGAAAUAUAUACUGUCCCACAGGUCAAAUAAAUACUGCUUAUCAAGUGUCUAUUCUACAAGGUAACUGUAAUGGUCUGUUUCAUAUUCUGUUUAGAUUUUUGAGGAGAAAUGUUUAUAUUGUCUUCUUUCUUUCUUUCAAGAAGAAAAGAAUGGACUGUAUUGGACUGUAAUCAGAGGAUAAAAUCAUUGUAAUGGAUGUCUAACACUGCGAUAAGUAAUAAAUGACAACAGAAGUAGGAUUGAGCGGACACAUGCUCUGGAACCAGCCCAUCCACAGAUUUUGAGACAUUUUAAAAGAACAGUAUCCCAUAAUGUUUUACUAAAAUUCAAUUCAAUUGUCAAACAAAAAUAUAUGUUUUUAAAAUAUACAAUUUUUAUACAAAUAUAGUUAUAAUCAUCUUUGUGUUAAAAAUGAUAAAGUGCUGGACUUCAUGUACGUAAACGACAUAAACGUCACCUGGUUCACUGUCUCCUCCGCGGCCUCUCUGCUCUGCUGUCCGCUCUGUGUGUGUGUUGGAGCAGAGCCCUGCCCUUGGUCAAACACGCAGAGGAGAGGACAGAGAAGCUAGAGUGACCAUAUAAUAUUUUUUCACCAUGGAUCCCCUCCAAAAUGUAAUGGGUUCUUCCUUGGCCCAUGCUACACACUUCCACCAAAUUUCAUGAAAAUUGGGCCAGUAGUUGCAGGUAUUUCUGCCUCCAGAGCUGUAGAAUCUGGAUCUAUGAUUGCAAGCCACCUACUGCCCCAUGGUCCUGAUCAACAACCAGUACUACAAAUAUCAUUAUUAGUCAUAUUAUUAUUAGUCUUAUUAUUAGUAUCUUUAUUAGUAGUAUUUUAAAAUUAUAUUGGAAAUUGCAAUGUGCUUGCCUCCUGCUCUCUCUCGAAAGUUUUUCCUUGCCACUGUUGCCAAGUGCUUGAUCUUGGUGGGAAUUGUUGGGUCU